AUGGCCGUAGAUCAGCGAAUCACUGCUACAACCGCCACAAAACCACUCCACCGGACACACUUAGACACUGCGUCCCGAUGCCAGACGCGGCGGGGGAUUUUCUUCAUACGCCGGAACCGUAAUAAGUUACCCACAGUUCGACUUGGUGGGGGGAAGAAACCGCGGCCAGGGCUUUUCGUAGUGAGGUUUUUGAAGAAGACGAAGCUAAGGUGGCUGAAGUUGCAGUAUACAUGCAUGUUGAGGAAGAUGAAGAAAUAUUACAGAGAUUUGAUUAAGGACAUCAUUGAAGCAGGUUCAACCGUGGAGGCUUUACAACAAAGAAUGUUUAUGGAGUCCACUUUCGCUGUCCCCGUCAUGAGUGUUUCCGUCGCUAGCUACCCUUACGCUACUGGAUCAGAUCGUUCUCGACCCUAUUUAUUUUGA